AUGGCAGGUGACCCCUCAAAACGUAAUCAGAAUCUGUACUGUGCAUACCACCAGGAGCUAAGUCACACCACCGAUGAUUGCAGGAAUCUGAAAAACCAUUUGGAUCGGCUUGUCCGAGAAGGGAAGUUGAGGCAUCUGUUGCACCGCCCUGAAGGAUGGCAGAAACAGUCAAAUAUCGAAACCAGACAAGGCACAUUGAGGCCAAUCAUUGGCACAAUAAAUGUCAUUCUUGCCACACCUGGAAAAACCGGUUCCAGCCCUUUCAGAGUAAUGUCAGUGGGCAGGUUCCCGACUGAGCCGAACGAAAGGGAUUCCAAGAGAGCCAAAGUGAGUGCCACGCCCUUAAUCGGGUUCUCGGAGGAGGACAAGCAAAGAACCCUUCAACCCCACGACGAUGCCCUAGUCAUCAUGCUUAGAAUUGGAGGUUAUGAUGUGAAAAUGGUGUUAGUUGAUCAAGGCAGUGCCGUGGAGGUAAUGUACCCUGAUUUGUAUAAGGGGUUGAACUUGAAGCCAGAAGACCUGUCGCCGUGCGAUUCCCCUCUGGUCAGCUUCGAAGGAAAAAUCGUCACCCCGAAAGGCAUGAUUAGGCUGCCUGUGCAAAUAGACUCAGGCGUGGUAGAGCAAUCAAUGACCCCGGUCCCAACUGCGAGUGGUGGAGGACCAGCCACGGAAGUGAGCUGUGAGGAGCUGGAAAAAGUACUCGUCGGAUCAGACCCUGAGAGGUUUUUUCAGAUCGGCUCAGAAUUACCACCAUAG